GAGGAGGAGGAGUUCCCCCUGUGAGUGCCGAAGCUCUCUGCUCUGCAUUCCGGCGGAGCGCACAGGCACACACCGGCCGCAGCAGAGUCCCGGGCAGAAAGACUUGUUGUAUGAACUUUAAGUAAAGACGGGGAGAUAAAAAGUUGCUCCGUGCGUGUUUUCUACUGUGUUUUUCUCCCUGUCGUUGUUGUUUCUUCGCUCUGCUUGUGGAAUGGUUUACGUUUCUUCUGAGAGCUUUCUGAACUGUGAGAGAAGGUGGUUUAUGUCGGCUUUUUUUUAAGAUACUAGCCUUAACCUAUCCAAACGCUGUAACUCCAGACCGUUGAUGCACCAUGGUAAUUAUGACAGAAAACAGCAGGGGGGUUCAGUCCAGCCCUGCCCAGGGAAGGCCCCUGCAGGUUGGCUUCUACGAGAUCAUCCGUACACUGGGGAAGGGAAACUUUGCAGUGGUGAAACUGGCCAAACAUAAAGUCACCAAAACACAGGUGGCCAUUAAGAUCAUUGACAAGACCAGACUGAACCCCUCCAACCUGGAGAAAAUUUACAGGGAGGUGCAGAUUAUGAAGCUGCUAAACCACCCUCAUAUCAUCAAACUCUACCAGGUCAUGGAGACCAAAGACAUGCUGUACAUUGUGACAGAGUAUGCAAAGAAUGGAGAAAUGUUUGACCACCUGACCUCAAAUGGCCGCAUGAGUGAAGAUGAGGCACGAAAGAAGUUUUGGCAGAUUCUUACAGCCGUAGACUAUUGCCAUCGUCACCACAUCGUUCACCGUGACCUUAAGACCGAGAAUCUGUUGCUGGAUGCCAACAUGAACAUCAAACUAGCUGACUUUGGAUUUGGAAACUUCUACAAUGCAGGAGAGCCACUGGCUACAUGGUGUGGCAGCCCGCCUUAUGCUGCCCCUGAAGUGUUUGAAGGGAAAGAGUAUGAGGGGCCUCAGCUGGACAUUUGGAGCCUUGGUGUGGUGCUUUACGUUCUCGUCUGCGGCUCUCUUCCAUUUGAUGGACCCAGCCUUCCUGCACUCAGACAGAGAGUCACAGAGGGACGAUUCAGAAUCCCUUUCUUCAUGUCUCAAGACUGUGAAAACCUGAUCCGUAAGAUGCUAGUGGUGGACCCAGCCAGGAGGAUCAGCAUGGCCCAGAUCAAGCAGCACCGCUGGAUGCUGGCAGACCCAACAGCCGCCCACCAGACCCUUAGCCAUUCCCUGACAGAGUACAAUUCCAACCUGGGGGACUACAGUGAACCAGUGCUAGGCAUCAUGAACACACUGGGCAUCGACCGCCAGAAGACUAUCGAGUCUCUGCAGAGCAGCAGCUACAAUCACUUCUCUGCUAUCUACUACCUGCUGCUGGAGAGAGUGAGAGAGCAUCGCACUCAGCAGCUGAGCCGCCAGUGUGGUACCUGGAGCCAGAGACCCAGGAGCACCUCCGACUCCCCCGGCCCAGAGAUGACCAUGGAGUCCGCAGACAGCUUUAGAACCACACCAUUUUCAAUUUCUGCCAAAAGCCCUCCUCCAGUGUACCCGGAGAUGGAGUAUGACCAAGCUGGAUUGUUCCAGCGUGUGGUGUUUCCAGUGGAGGCCAGCCUGAACAGACUGCUCUGGAACCGCUCCAUUUCACCCAACAGCCUGCUGGAGACGAGCAUCAGUGAAGAGGUGCGACCCAGAGACCUUGAGGAGGAGGAGGCAACACAGACUUUUGCACCUCUUCUCCCUCCAACCACUACUUCCCGCAGACAUACACUGGCUGAGGUGUCUGCCCGUUUUCACCAGUGCAGCCCUCCAUGUAUUGUGGUCUGUCCCUCAGAAGGUGCCUCUUCGGAUGGCUGUUUAAAGUCCUCAUCCAGUCCAGCCCCCAUUUUACAGGCUGCUAUGAGUGAGAUGUCAACACUUCUGGCGUCUGGAGCUGAAAGUGGGGCUCUGCUGCCUGCUGGAGUUCCCCUGACCCUCUCAUCCCACCUCCUGCCCCAGGUCCAGGGCAGCCUGCUUGCUGCCAGCUUCCAGGAGGGUCGCAGAGCCUCCGACACCUCCCUCACACAAGGCCUCAAAGCUUUCCGCCAGCAGCUGAGGAAAAACACACGCACUAAAGGGCUUCUGGGAUUAAAUAAGAUCAAGGGUCUGACCAGGCAGGUUGUUCCUCCUCCUUCCUGUAACCGAGGCAGCCGAGGAUCUCUGGGUCCGGCUCUCUCUGAGCACCGCAGCAUGCUGGAGGAGGUGCUGCACCAGCAAAGGAUGCUACAGAUCCAGCACCAACCCCAGCCUCAGGUGCAGGCCGCUGCAACAGGACCUACCCAGAAUCCCCUGCUCUUUCUUGCCCAGCAGCAGUCACCCUCUCCUCCAUCUACUACAGUGUUUGCUUCCUCCUCCAUGUUUGACAACCCCACCCCCCCUGCUCUGCCUCCUCAGCAAGCUUCAAUGGGUUUACAGCACGGCCCCUGGAAACAAACCCUCAAGACCUCUGGCUGCUCCUCAUCAUCGUCCUCAUCCUGCUACUCGUCUUCUCUGUCCCCCGUGGCCUCCGCUACUUACCUUCUCGAGGCUCGCCUGCACAUCAGCCAGCAAACUCCCCCUCACCCCCACAUCGGGCUCCAACAGCAGCCCCAGUCCACAACACAAGGCACCUUCCCCACCAUGUCCAAGCCAGCGGCGUGGAGCAUGGCCUCGGCCUCCAGCACAGACCCUGACAUGCAGGAGUUGUGCCCGUCUGCACAGCAGCAGCUCAGUAGCUGUGUGAUGGUGAAGUAAAACCAUCGAGACCAUUUUGUUUCCUCUGUGGAAGAAAAAACCUCCACUUGAUUUGGAGCCAAGAAGAAAAGAAAGCACAACUGAGGAGAAGAACAAAAAGCAGAUGCAAGCGACAAAUGCACAUAUUAUUUAACAACAUGCUAUACACAUGGAAGAAUGUGUAUGUUGUGUAUACUUUUGAUAGCAUAUAAGCUAAAGACUAAGCAAUAACCAAACUCUGGACAAGGCCGUAAACCCGUAUCAGACAGCCAGAGAAGCAAUAAUAGACUCAAGACUCAUUCAGCUCCCCGAUGGACUCACUUGAAUGAAAUGAGAGCUGACGCUACAAUACACUCGUCCAAUGUUUUAAUGCUGUUUUUGAGUACUGAUUUUGUUGAAUACAGGAAGGCUCCCGCUUCCUUAUUCUUAUUGUAGACACUUUUUGUGUCAUUUCCUGUUCUCUAUGUUUUUUCAAUUGACUGGACAGAAGACAAAUAUUCCUUAGUUUUUCUGUUACAUUUUUCCCACUUUGUUCGCCUUUUUAAAGAGACAUUUCUCUGUAGCAGUGCAAUGAACAUGCAGUAUAGUGCCCGAAGCUUCACUGAAGGAGUUGAUUUGUAUUGAAACUGUGAUUUUUUUUCUGUGCAAGUUUAUUAUAGCUACGCAAAUGCUGCUUUUACCUCAAGCCGCAAACAGACUGCUAAAUCCUCAUUAGCCAAAAUUGAAGGACGAUGGUGUCUCGCUGAUUAGGUAAAGCACAACAGGUACAUCAGUCAGCUUGGUAGCGCCUUUCAUAUGUGGAUACAUUGAUCUGUAUUUCCUUUGUUUCAUAAACACCUUCUUGUUAGAUGCUUUUACUACCUCCACAGGCAAGAAUUUGGAAACCUGUAAAAAAAAGAAUCCCUUAACAAAUGUCGUCAAUCUCAGAAUAUCAGAGGAAUGAAGAUUUUCAUCCAAACAGAACAAAGACAGUGGGAAUAGUGAAAUAUUUCACAUUGAAAUAUAAAGGAAGGAUGAGUCUCUACAUGAGUCUCUACAUAGGAUGGUCAAAAUUUAGUUUUUGUGUUAUUACGUUUAAUGUGUCUGUUUGCUGUGCUGGCUAGCUGACUAUAACAGGUACUAGUUAUGUAACAUAAUAACAUGAUACUGUAGACAUUGAGAGGAAAUACUCAAGACAUUUCAAAAUGCUGUUUCUUCUCACAGCAUGCUUGUAGUUCUUCAACUAAAGGAAAGGAAGAAUUUGGGUUUUACCAAAGAGCGAACAGCACAAGAGAUGGGUCAUCUAUCACAGAUACACUACUGACUUUUCACUUUGAAUGCUGUCUCAAAAUGUAGCAUGGUGGUUAGCGAGCAUAUUUCACAUGAUCUCCUUAGCUUUUGCCAUGAGAAACCUCCCGCUGCCACCAAAUCCCAACGCUACAUAAGUUGUCAAUAUCUAUAGGUUUUAAUAUUAUGACAAUGGUGGUAUUCAUUUUUUUACUUUUCUAGAAAAGAAGAAAAAAUCUGAACAUAGCACUACCAUGUUGUGCUGGAAGUUGAACUUGACACAUUAGAAAGCUGCAAGAGAUGUGUAGUAUUGUAAGCUUAUUAAGUCCUCUCAUAUCUGUGAAACAACUUGUAGAAGAGCAUUGUUUUUUCAAACCCAGUUUUACGUUGGAAACAGUGUUGAUACUUCUAUCCAACAGUUUUUUGUUGAUUGCACACACUACCAACACUUGUGCCUUUGAACAAACCCACGAUCAGAGGUCUCCUUCUCCGAUCUCUACAUUAAAGAAAGAAAGAUAAAUGGCCCUUUUGGUAUCUUCUCGGACCUCUCUCUCUUCUCUGAAUCUGACCCUUGAGCUUUCUGUGUAAACAGAAGCAACAAUUGCACUUUAUUCAUAUUUUUUUGUUUCUCAUGAUGAAAUUCACCAAACUAUCGAAACACUAAGACCCUUGAUGCAAAUCUGUAAGAUGACCCUUUUUAAAAAGACUUUGGAUAAUAAGAAGUAUUUCAUUUUUACUUCCUGAUUUGUUACUUGAUUGUGUGAGCAUGUGCAUGUCUGUGUGAGUGUGUGGAUGGAGGAAGAGAAAGGAGAGAGAAUGUUAGUUAAAGAACGAUUGUGUAUUUAUGUUGCUAUUUAUUUAAAUAAAGUUCACUUCCUUAACUGUCUGUUGUUUAAAGCUUUUUUUUUUAUUAUCAUAAAUUGGAUAUAUUUAUUGAUGUAUUAAUUGCAGAUAACUUUACUUUACUUAAAUAAAGAAUUACCACUGAA